CUGGAAGGCAGAAGAUACUGGUAGCGUGGAGUUGGACUGCGUCUACUCCAAAACAGGGGACGCUGCUUUUUUUCCACGCGCUCUGAGAACCCAUCCCCCUCCUCCCCACUCAGAGGUGAAAGCAACAAAGGAGGGUAGAGAAUUUCGUCUCAGUCGUCUCUUCGACCCAUUAUCUGUUGCUCAUUCUUUGAGGGGAUCCGGGAUCAACACCGUCGAGCAGAAUCUCCGGUGUCGAGGUUUGGAGGACUUGGCGCUUCCUGGCGUGACCUCGCACGGCAUGGUCGUUGCCUCGCCGGGAAGGCACCGGGAGGCGCGCGGGAAUGGUCGAUAGGGCGAAGGCCGUGGUCAUCGGGGUCACCGCCGGGGUCGCCACCGCGGUGCUCGCGGCCACGUGCGUGCUCCUGGCCAUCUGGCUGUACCGACGGCGGGCCAGCGUCGCCGCCCGGACGCGGUUAAUGGAGUCGAGCACCGCGACGCUGCGGACCGGCGCCGCCAGCCUCGACUCCAGCGUGUCCGUCUCGGUGGUCUCCGAGAGCGUUGCCGACUGGGGCCACCCGCCGGAGAAGCGCACCGCGUUCUGGGCGUGGAGAAGCGGCGGCCACAACGGCAGGGAGCCGCCGCUGUCCGUCUCCGGGAUCCCAAAGUACCAUUACAAGGAUCUGCAGAAGGCCACCAGCAACUUUACCACAAUUCUAGGGCAAGGAUCGUUCGGUCCUGUGUACAAGGCCGUAAUGGCCACCGGUGAAGUGGUAGCUGUAAAGGUGCUCGCGAGUGAUUCAAGGCAAGGGGAGAGAGAGUUCCACACUGAGGUAGCAUUGCUUAGUAGGCUGCAUCAUAGGAAUCUUGUUAAUUUGGUUGGGUAUUGUGUGGAAAAAGGCCAGCGCAUCCUAAUUUAUGAGUACAUGAGCAAUGGGAGUUUGGCACGCCUUUUGUAUGGCGAAAAUAAACGAAGUUUGAGCUGGCAAGAAAGGCUACAAAUUGCCGACGAUGUCUCUCAUGGGAUUGAGUAUCUGCACGAAGGGGCUGUUCCACCUGUCAUUCACAGAGAUCUAAAGUCUGAUAAUAUACUUUUGGACCAUUCUAUGAGGGCCAAGGUUGCAGACUUUGGUCUAUCAAAGGAGGAAGUAUAUGAUGGAAGGAAGUCUGGCCUCAAGGGCACGUAUGGAUAUAUGGAUCCUGACUACAUGUCCACAAAUAAGUUAACAAAGAAGAGUGAUGUGUAUAGUUUUGGCAUAAUUCUUUUUGAACUAAUAACAGCCAUAAAUCCACAACAAGGUCUAAUGGAGUAUAUUAAUCUGGCAGCGAUUGGAGGGGAAGGAAGGGUUGAUUGGGUUGAGAUACUGGACAAGAACCUCCUAGUAGGGAACAUCCCCGAAGAGGUAAGGAUGCUUGCUGAUGUCGCUUACCGAUGCGUUAACAAGAGCCCGAGGAAGCGCCCAUGGAUAUCAGAGGUCACACAGGCCAUAUCAAGACUCAGACAGCGCCAGCUGAUGAAACAUGAUGCACUAAUUUUGCCAAGGAGCGAGACGAGGACCGUUCUAAGUCGGAUAGAGCACCAGCAUGUGGAGCUGAGUGAUCUUACCAGCAUGAAAGAACUGACGCCGAUAAGGGCAUGAGCUUGUUCAUCUAGUAUAUAGCUUGCUUACGGAGUUAAUUUUUUAACCUCGACCAAGUAAUCGAAAUGUUAAGGGAAUGAACUUAGUUUGAGGAAGUUCUAGCUGUUUGAUAAAGCAUCAGUUAGUUUUGGUCCUUGAAGGUGUAUUGGCUGCCAUGAGAGGUUACGUUGAUUCUAGUUGUGUACUAACCUGGGGUUUGAAAUAGUUGUAAAUAAUCUACAGUAGCAGUUGUAGCAUGUGGCAAGAUAAUUACCGUUAUUGAGCAAGGAAAAUAUUUAUUUUUUACGUGUAAUACCUAAAA